CCCGCGGGCUUUAACAAGCGAGGCGGGUGACGGCGGCGGCAAGGGGCCGGUCAUGGCGGGGAGCGGCGGCCGCCUGUGGGCCCUGGACGUGCGGGGUCGCGCCUUCACGCUCGCCCCGGCCGAGAGCCGCUGGAGGCCGUGCCCUGACCCGCGCCUGGAGCUCAAGCGGCUGUCCGCCGGGCCGCAGGGCUGCUGGGCCAUCGGCUACGACCACCGCGUCUACGCGUUCGUGCGGCCCGGGGACAUCCCCGUGCGGGUACAGGAAGAGGCCUUCGAGAACCAGCGCUGGAACCCCGUGGACGGCUUCGGUGCCAAGCUCCUGCCCAGCGACCGCUGGGGCUGGAGCACCGAAGACGGACUGGGCCCUCGCUUCCUGGCCCAGGUGCAGCUGCCCUCUCCUGCCUGGGAGUGGGAGGGCGACUGGAGUCUCUUCCUCAGCAUCGCCGGAGAGCCCACGGAGGCACAGGGAUGGACUUAUGCUUUAGACUUUCCUGCUCCGUAUUCCCAUAAAAAGCACUGGAAUUCGUGUGUCCGGCGCCGACGCUGGAUCCGCUACCGUCGCUACACUGCCAUCAACAAGUGGGCUCAGAUUCCAGUUCAGGAGGAGGGUUCGUACCAAGAUUUGUUCCACGAUGUUUGUUUGGGUGGAUGGGACCUUGCAGAAGAGCCACCCGGACGGCUCUCCGUGUGGGCCGUCACCACCGAAGGCAAGGUGCUCUAUCGAGAUGACGUGCAUCACUCCAACCCAGAGGGGAGAGAGUGGAUCGGGGUGGAGAUCCCGAGCGAAGCCCUGCAAGUCAGCGCAGGGCCCAUUUCACUCGUCUGGGUCUUGCUGUGGGAGGGCAAGCUCCUGGCGCGUGAAGGUGUCAACCAGAAGAACCCGAUGGGUGAAGGAUGGGUGGUGGUGGACCCCCCAGAGCACGAGUUCGGUGUCGUGCAGGUUUCCGUUGGCACGCGGGUCAUCUGGUGUAUCACAAGCGAUGGGCAGGUGUGGUUCCGCCGUGGCGUGUGCGCAGACAGUCCCGCUGGCCUCAGCUGGGUGUCUAUGGUCAGCAAGAUGAUGAUGGUCAGCGUGGGGGUCAACGAUCAGGUGUUUGGGGUGGGUCGGGAAGACCGGACGGUGUACUUCCGUCAGGGUGUGUGUGCCGACGAGGCGAGCGGGAAGGUGUGGAGGCCCGUAGUGUGCGAGCGCGAUGCGGAAGAGGGCGUGGAGCAGAGAGCAGCAGGCGGCUCCCACAGGAGCAGCAUCACCAGCCUGAACAGUUUAGCUGACCUGAACCUGAGGAGCAGUGUGGACGAUGCCGCUGAAAGCAACGAUACGGAUUCUACGUCGACGGCCACUGAGGACACGCAGCAGUCGCACAGAGGCACUGAGAGCACCCUCACACCUGCGCCAGCUGUCUCCAGCAAGCCCAGCAGCAGAUCACCGACACCGAGGGCAGAAUUGGCUGCGGGUCCCGGUGAAGACUGUAUGGAUACCGGCAGUGUGUCUUCCUUGGGGGGAGGGAGCAUCAGUGGCGACACGCUCGGCAAUAUGGACAGAGGCCUCCUUUGGGCCUGGGUGAGCACUGGAGCCUGCGACAUCGACAGCCAAUCACAACCUCUGUGGUUCAUCCAAUCCACAGGUUCCCUGCUAAGCGGACCUGUACGCGACCCCGCGUGGAGGAGGGACAUCGUGCAGCAGUUGACCGAUCGCUCGCUCAGAGAGAUAUCCAACUUUGAGGACUACGAGUCGGCCACAGACAAGAAGACGGUGUGGGUGAGGCGUGGCGUGCUGUCGUGGUGGCAAGACUGGUAUCCCCAGCGCUGGAUCGACCUGACGGUGCUGCUCGAGCAGCUGGAAGGCGCAGAGGAGCGCCCCGAGGCCAUGCUGUUCCUGCACUACAUGGUCGGCGCCACCAAGAAGUACCUGCACAUCUUCAUCAGCGAGAUCACGGCACUGGUGCCAGUGCUGGACACGAAUCGGCACACCUUCGCUGUGUACACGGCGGAGCGCACGGAAUCGCGUGCGCCCAUACGCUUGGCUGCUGCAACUGAGCAAGACAUGCACGACUGGCUGGCGGUGCUGAACACGGCGUGCUGCGAGGCGCGCGGCCUCUCCAGGAGCCCCUCUCAUCGCGCCGUGUGGUCCGUCACCUGCCGCGGUGACGUGUUUGUGAGCGAGUGCUCGUCCGAGGCUUCCUCCGGCUCAAGCUCUGCCCUCCAUAUGUUCUGGCGGCAGAUCGGUGGCCACCUGCGGCUGGUUGAGAGCGAUGGCAGUGGCGUGGUGUGGGGCCUCGGUUACGACCACACGGCUUGGGUGUACACGGGCGGGCAUGGCGGAGGAUUCCUGCAGGGGAGCACGGAUGGCAUGCACCCCCAGACGGAUGUGAUCCAGGUGUACAUCUACGAGAACCAGCGCUGGAACCCGCUGUCUGGCUACACUGCCCGCGGCUUGCCGACUGAUCGCUACAUGUGGAGCGACAUCACGGGGCUGCAGGAGCGUACAAAGACUCACACAAAGCCACCUUCACCACAGUGGACCUGGGUGUCGGACUGGGCGGUGGAUUUCGGGGUACCCGGGGGCACGGACCGCGAGGGAUGGCAGUACGCCGCCGACUUCCCAGCGCGGUACCACGGAUACAAGACCAUCAAGGAUUUUGUGCGGAGGCGACGCUGGUCAAGGCGGUGCAGGUUGGUGACAAGCGGCCCGUGGCUGGAGGUCCCUCCGCUGUCGCUGCGCCACCUCUCCCUGAACGCCACCUCGCCACAAGCGCCCGCGGACUCCCCCGUCGCCCUCUGGGCCGUGAGCCGCAAGGGCGACGUGCUGUGCCGUCUGGGCGUCUCGCGCGUCAGUCCCGCCGGAAGCAGCUGGCUGCACGUGAGCACGGACCAGCCGUUUGUCGCCGUGUCCGUGGGGAGUGGCGGCGGCGACGGCGUUGUGGUGGUCUGGGCCCUGGCGCUGGACGGCUCCGCCUUCCUGCGAACCGGAGUGUCGGACGCCAACCCAGUCGGACAAACCUGGAUCCAUCUUGCUGCACCCACUAAACAGAAGCUCAAGCACAUUUCUGUCGGGCCAUCUACCGUGUUUGCAGUGGAUGAGCAAAAUCAGCUGUGGUUCCGAAGUGGCAUUGAAGCGCAGGCUCCGUGUGGAACCGACUGGGAGAUGGUGUCUCCCAACGUGCGACUCGUGUCUGUCGGGCCACAGAACCAGGUGUGGGGAAUAGCAGAUACUGUGCAGGGCAGUCAGAGCACGAGCCAGGGAGUCGUUUGCUGUCGCACCGGAGUGGGCCCUACCUCGCCCACGGGACAGUCCUGGGACUACGGCAUUGGGGGAGGGUGGGACUACAUCACGGUGCGUGGGAACUGGACCCAACCGCGGCUGCAAGGUGUGGAGGGAGACGCUGCUCCUGGGAGUAAAAUGCCUCGACCGUAGUGCACCGUUUCCUGUCGACCUGCUGCUUGCCUACUACUGCCACCCUUUCAUCUGGAUUGAAAACUAAUUUCUUUAGAACUGCUUUUUUGUUUAGUUUAUUGUCCUACCCCCAGAACCUCUGAUUAACAUGGUUGGCUACAUGCGGUGCGAUAGGAGUUCAACAUACACACACACACACACACGUACCCUCCAUGCUGGCAGCCAGUGGCGGGCUCAGCCAAAAAUUUCAGAGGGGGCAAAAUUAUGUCCACAAAUAAAAUUGACUGCAUAUAAAUUACUUUUCAUUAUAAUAUUAAAAGUAUCUCAAAUGAAAUACACAUCAGGACGCAUUUUAUAGAUCUAUUUUAAAAUGUUACAUUUGUUAAAAACCCAUUUCAAAACUGGUUCCCAUCCUUUCUGGACCCGUGAAUAGCUGUCAACUCCCAAUAUUUUUUUUUGCAGACCACCAUGCAAGCAAUAACAUGUUUAUAAAUUAACCACCCCCCCCCCCAUACUUUAACCGCAGUAUCUGUCACGGCUCCACGAAGCAAUUCCCACGAUCUUGUGGGCCGCCUGUUGGGAACCACCGAUAAGUGACCAACAAAAUCGGGCGUGGGGGGGUUUACUACCCCGUUAUCCGCCCCCCACUGGGUGUGCCAUGGUGGCGAGAUGUUAACUACCUCGCCUCGUAUGCAGGAGGUCGUGGGUUCGAUCCCCGACCCUGAUGCCUGUAUAUUUGGAGUUUUCACGUUCUCGUGUGGAUUUUUCUCUGGGUCCUCUCCAUAUUUAGACUCAACAUGCGUUUUAGAGUAUUUGGCUGCUUUAAAACUCCACAACACCAGCCACUUCGUUGAGCUAUCAUUUGUGAUAGCCAGCUCGCUUUUGAGAAAGAGAUACAGAGCUAGGUGGGCCUUACCUGCUAAAAUAAAAAAAAAUUAUAAAAAAAAAACAAGGUGCCCCUUUGCUGACAGCCAGUAGCAUUUCUCCACGGCGAACAGGGCGAUCCCCCUUCUCCCCAGCCUGGCCUCGUCGCAAACAUUCCCAUAACCAAGAGCACGGGGCAGCAUCCUCAAAGGGGUUGUGUUCAUCAGAGCAGAGCCCUCGUUCUCCACUUCAAGCGUCACACGUUGCCAAGAACCUGACCUUUGACAUGGAGUGCAGCCCGUACUCACGCCCCAAACUCAGAGGGGCAUUAACGCGCCCAAACCAGCAGGAAUGUAUUUAGAGCACUUUGGCAUUUGUAAUGCCAGUUCCCACAGAACAUUGCCAAGUACAAGUUGCUCCAUUGUGCACUUUGGGUGAACAGCUCUCGCUUGCCUGUAAGCAAUGGCAUCUCCCCAUGCAUGGGAAUAAAAACAUAUGCAUCUUGCAAUGGUUCAUUUGCUGUGGUCAAUCUCACCGACCGUAACCAACGGUUCAAUAUACUGUGAUAACCACGGCAAGGGUUAUAACGCGUAGAUGUUUGUGCUGUUACAGUACUGUACUUGUGUAUAGAACGCACAUUUUUUAAAAUGCAAGGCAAGGCCCUGCGUCGUGUUUUGCAGGAGGGGGAAGCCCUCCAAGCAUCGGCUCCUCAUGCGCUUCACUUGACGAUCCCAGCGCUCCCCUGUGUCAACUUUAAGAUGCCGAGAAUUGACUGUCGGUCAACAAUCUGAGCGAUAGCACAACAGUCAGUGGAAGUGUCGAAGCGAUCGUUACAUUCUUUCAAACUGAACAUGUGAAGGAUGCCAGGGAGCAGAACUGAUUCUGCCUCCCUCCCAUCCCGGGGUGGGGGGGGUGUGCAACCUUUAGCGAAUCUCCCAGCUUCUGCUGCAAGCCGAGAGGGGUGCCGCACAGACUUGCCGAGAACGCAACGAAGUGACGACCGCAAACACAAAAGUGGGUGGCGGCGUGUUCACGGGCGGCCACGUGUUCACGGGCGGCCACGUGUUCACGGGCGGCCACGUGUUCACGGGCGGCCACGUGUUCACGGGCGGCCACGUGUUCACGGGCGGCCACGUGUUCACGGGCGGCCACGUGUUCACGGGCGGCCACGUGUUCACGGGCGGCCACGUGUUCACGGGCUGCCAGCAUUGCCCCCCUUGUUGUUCACGGACACUUGGCGCUCGCUGGCCCCGGUUAAAAAAAAAAAACCCUAGGAUGCACAACCUAAAUCGAUACUGCCCCACGUGAGAGAAAUCCAUGUCCAUGCACUGAUGUCCAUGCACUGAUCCCCAUUGCCAACAACAGCACUAAAGCAGAGCCUUCUUGAACCACCGCUCUGGAUAGUUACUGCGAGAAUCGGACUCGGUCCCCGUGCAAAUCGUUAAUUUCACCCUCCUGUGGAAAUGACUACAGCCAGUUUGCAAAUAAAGAGCAGGGGUGUGUGUUUUUGCACCCACGUUUGUCAGAUGUACAUUUUCUUAAACUUCCAAGUAUUUUUAAAUAAACGUAAUGUAGAAACACUUCCGAUGUGUCGUAGGUGAUGUUACGAACAUGCAGCUGGUUUAAUGUUGCCAAGGAUGGUUCUGGUGAACUGUACCCCUAUACAGGGUGCUUCAAAGAAAUGUUAACACUUAUAUGGGACUUGUUUUUCCUAGAUUUGAAGUUUUCGUGAUUGCAACAAUCCAUAUUUUUUGGUUCUUUCGGUGAAGUCAUACGUAGGUGAAAAAAUAAAAUAAGAAUAAAUAAAUUAAAUCACGACGUGUCUAUUGCAACACAAGCAAUCAUGAUCAGGUGUGACAACCACAUCAAUAAUUUUUUUUCUGAAAUGGGCGAGAAGAAAAACAUUUCUUGUUGCGGUUGUCACCUGAUGAUGAUUGCUUGUGUUGCAAUAGACACGUCGUGAUUUAAUUUAUUUAUUCUUAUUUUAUUUUUUCACCUACGUAUGACUUUACCGAAAAAAACAAAAAUUACUAUUGUUUUUAAUGGAAAAAGAACAGAUAAAAAAAGUAUGUUAAUCGCUUCAAAAAGUCAAGAGUCUCCACUUGUUCGCCAUCAUUGUCAACACGUGGCCUGGAAUCUUCUCCAGGUGGUCUCCAGAGCCCGGAGGCACAUUUAUUGUGGUGUUGUUGCAAAUUCUCUUUAGUGUUAACAUUUUUUUGAGGCACCCUGUAUUAUACCAUGCUUUCUUGUGAACACGCAUAAAUAAAACUAAAAUAUUAACGGAAUAAAAUCCAUGUUAUACAACAUGUGAUACCAUGUGGCAUGCACGAAUGAGUGGAAUUGUGUCGUGUACGUAAAACGGCAAAAUUUAUAUUUGAUUUUUUUUCAUUUCGCAAGGUAAGGCCCACUGAGCUUAACAGCUCUUUUUCAGAAGCGACCUCGCCACAAAUGAUAGCUGAACAAAGUGGCUCAUUACGUGGAAAUUUAAGGU